UAACAUUCAAACGUUAUACCAUUCACAACUUUUUAUAUUCCGUCUACUUGUUAUCUUAAAUUUAUAGACAAUUUUUUGUUUUCUAUCACAUCAUUAUUAUUGUCUAAAUUAUUUAUUUUCUUAAAUUUACAGUGUUAACUCUAGAAUUAUUUUACUGAUUACAUUUAAGUAUGUAAUUGUGUGGAAAAAGAUCAAAAGAAAAAUUAAUAACAGGGGAUGCAAAAAUUGAAGGAGGAUGUCACUGGGUUCAGUUUGGGAGUUACGAUUAUUUUCAGUACUUGCAAUAACGACAAUAGUAAUUGCAAAUUAUCAUCAACGUCAUCGCGAUAACUCGACCCAACGUACCUUUCAACGAAUUGGUGGUGUUCAUAAAACUAAAUAUAAUUUUUCACUUGUACAAACACAGAUAAAUGCUCAUCUCCCGCCACUGCGAGUACCUCGUUUGCGACAUCACCAUGUAAACCACUGGGAUCCAUAUUUUGAAAAUGAUGAGGGUCAAGAGAUCAACGGCCCAGUACACGUAGCACUACAUCUGGGAGCUACGGCAAUGCUAGAUUGUCGAGUUGUAAUGCUUGCUGAUAAAACGGUAAUGUGGACACGUCAAGAUCAAGAUGGUCCAUUUUUACUCACUGUUGGACAAGAUGUACACAUUUCAGAUCCACGUUACAGUAUUCAUUUUCGUUAUCCAAAUAAUUUUCGUCUAUCGAUAGCUGCUGUUAGGAGAGAGGAUUAUGGACAGUAUGCAUGCCAGAUUAAUACUCAUCCACCAAGAACACUAAUUACCAAUGUUACUAUACUAGCGCCAAAUAUUAAAAUAAUUGAUGAAGGAGGACAUGAGUUACGAGAUCGUUAUUAUAAAACAGGAAGUGGAAUCGAAUUAGCUUGUAUCGUUCGACCAUCGCAAUCCAGUGCUAAUAUUCCUCUACCUAUAUGGCUCAAAGGUGGAAAAUCGCUACCGAAUUACGUUGAUGUUUACUACACCAAUGGUACAAAUGAUGAAAUAAUAGCCGGAAUACAAAUUGAAAGAGCUAAAAAAAGUGACAGCGAUGAGUAUUCAUGUUCUAUUGGUGAAUUUACCAGAGCCGUUGUACAGAUUCACGUUUUAAAUGGUGAAAAACAAGCUGCCGUUUAUCAUGAUCAACGGAAUACAGCAGCAGCAGCAGCAGCAGCAGCAGCAAUUCCAAACAUUGGAAUAAAAAGCAAUACAAAUAUUUAUGAUAAUAUUAAUUAUUAUUGUUAUAAAAAAUUUGGUAUGUCAUUGAUUGUAGUCAUGCACUAA